AUGGCUCCUCCCCAGGCCGCCCUCGAUUUUAUCGACUUUGUCAAUGCCUCGCCGACGCCGUACCAUGCCGUCGCUACCGCCGUCAAGAUUUUCGAAAAGGCUGGCUUCCAGCAAAUUCACGAGCGCGACUCCUGGGCCUCGUCCGUCCGCCCCGGCGGCAAAUACUACGUCACCCGCAAUGGUUCCUCGAUUGCCGCCUUUGCCGUCGGCCACAAGUGGCGCGCGGGCAACCCCGUCUCCGUCGUCGGCGCCCACACCGACUCGUGCUGUCUGCGGCUCAAGCCCGUGUCCAAGAAGUCGCAGGUCGGCUACGAUCAGAUUGCCGUGGAAAAGUACGGCGGCGGCAUCUGGACCUCGUGGUUUGACCGCGAUCUGAGCUUGGCCGGCCGCCUCCUCGUCCGCGAGGGCGGUUCCAUUGUGCCCAAGCUCGUCAAGAUUGAACGGCCGCUCGUCCGCAUCCCCACGCUCGCCAUCCACCUGCACCGCCAGAGCAACUUUGACCCGAACCUCGAGACCGAGAUGUUGCCCAUCACUGCCCUCGCCGAGCAGCAGCUCGGCAAGCCACCCCCCAACGCCGGCCGCCGCCCCACCGAUGAGGAUGGUGAUGAGGACUUUGAGCCUCUUGCCGAGAUGACCGACCGCCACCACCCCGCCGUCCUCAACGUCAUUGCCAACGAGGCUGGCGUCUCUGUCGACGCCAUUGUCGAUUUUGAGAUGAUGCUCUACGACACCCAGGACGCCUGCAUUGGCGGUCUCAACAACGAGUUCAUCUUUGCGCCCCGUCUCGACAACCUCGAAAUGACUUACUGCUCGAUCGAGGGUCUCAUCUCCUCUGUAAAUGCCAAGGACGCGCUCCACAACGACAACACCAUCCGCAUGGCCGUCUGCUUCGACCACGAGGAGAUUGGCUCCAAGUCGGCCCAGGGCGCCCACUCCAACAUGCUGCCCGCAGUUUUGCGCCGCCUCGCCGUGCUGCCCGGCAGCACAUCCCGCGAUACCGGCUCGGACAAGAGCUACGAGCAUGUCGCAGCCGACAGCGAAGAGUCAACGGCCUUUGAGCAGACGCUCGCGCGGUCGUUUCUCGUCUCGGCCGACAUGGCGCACGCCGUGCAUCCCAACUACGUUGGCAAGUACGAGGCGGCGCACCAGCCGGCCAUGAACAAGGGCACCGUCAUCAAGGUCAACGCCAGUCAAAAGUACGCCACCAACUCGCCCGGCAUCGCGCUCCUGCAGGAGUGCGCCCGCGCCGCCGGCGUGCCUCUCCAGCUCUUUGUCGUCCGCAACGACUCGCUCUGCGGCAGCACCAUUGGCCCCGGGCUCGCUGCGCUGCUGGGCGUGCGCACCAUUGACGUGGGCAACGCGCAGCUCAGCAUGCAUAGCAUCCGCGAGACUGGCGGUACUGCUGAUAUUGCCUUUGCCAUCAAGCUGUUUGACAAGUUUUAUUCCUCGUACAGCGUCAUCGAGCCCAAGAUCUUGAUUGAUUGA